AUGCGUUACGCACAGAUAGUGGUCGGGCCGGCUGGCAGUGGCAAGACCACAUAUUGCAAAGCGCUUCAAGACUAUUUGACGGCCUGCAGAAGGCGCUGCCACAUUAUCAACCUCGACCCUGCCACUGAGGAGUAUAUCCGCUUUGAAGACGCCAAUAACCGAAAGAAUAACGCGGCCGACAACGAUGAAUGCAGUAUAUUCGAUACCGACAUUCGAGAUUUUGUUGAUAUAGGCGCCGUAAUAGAAGAGGACGAACUCGGACCAAAUGCAGCCUUAGUACGGAGUGCCGAAAUGCUCACAGACAACAUAGAAUGGCUGGCCGAGCAGAUCGAGGAAACCUACAGCGACGAAUCAUACCUACUCUUCGACACCCCCGGGCAGGUGGAACUAUUCGUUCACCUGCAGUACGUGAAAAGCAUAUCGCAAUUGUUGAAUAGGCUCAACAUAAACGCUGUGGCAGUAUUUCUCCUGGAUGUCAGCUUCAUGACAGACCCAACCAAACUCAUCGCAGGGUCCAUGGCAGGGCUUGCAGCCAUGGCCAACCUACAUAUGCCGCAUCUAAAUGUGCUUACAAAGUGCGAUCUACUAUACGAGACGGAUGGAAGCGGAGACUUUACGUUAAAACCUUUCGCCGAUAUAACGAGCAGCACCUUCGGACUUUCAUCCAGGGACCUCGCGUUUCAGAAACAUCUCUUCUCCAAAACAAACCAGAACCCGGACGACGAAGAAGAUGAGGAGGAGAUGGAUUACAAAGACGAUGAGGCUGAUUCCACUGUUGAUUAUGAAACACUAUGUGGCUUGAUCAACCGCGGGCCAGACGAACUGCUCGGCGCACUGGAUAGCCACCUGCCACCAAAAUUCAAGGGAUUGAAUUUAGCAUUCGUGUCACUGCUAGAGGAUUUCAACCUUGUAAGCUUCAUUCCGCUUAACAUAAAUGACGAGGCAUCGCUAGAGCAAAUAGUGGUUGCAACAGAUGCGUCUCUGCAGUACGGGGAAGACGCAGAACCAAGGACCAACUUCGACAUGUACGGAGAAUGA